AUGUUACGACGUGUUUUCAAGGCACCAGAUGAACUAGGGAACAGCUUUGAAGAUCUGCUCAGUUAUCUGACCGAAGGUUUGACUACCGAUCUCCAGCGUGUCCGAGCAAUCUUCUAUUGGAUUGGUUGUAAGAACCAACAUCUACCGUCGUCAGGGGGACCCCCGGACUCUCCAAACUACAUCUUCCUACAGGUCAAACGAAACCACAUGUCCUUCUGUUACCUGUUCGCGAGACUAUGCAGGGAGGCCAAUAUCCCGUGUGUGGUUAUUGUGGGGGUGGCGAAGGCGGCUGGAUAUGAAGUCGGUGACGGUCAAGAUGCGGUCAGCAAGCAACAUAACAGAUGGAACGGUGUGUACGUGGACGGAGAAUGGAGAUUGGUCUUCCCACUCUGGGCAUUCUCAGCGGUCAGCGGUCACAGCACAGGAAAAUACACACUAGUGGAAAGUAAAGGUGGUGCAGCAAGAGAAAAAGAGACACAGUCUUCAGGGGUGAAUGUCACGCAGUUAAAUGAAUAUUUCUUCUUGCCGGACCCUGAUGAGUUCAUCAAUCUUGCAAUGGCCACCGAUCCGAAAUGGCAGCUUUUAAGCGAACCUUAUGACAUCAAGAAAUUCACAGAUAUAGCACAUGUCCGACCACAUUAUUUUAGUGGAGAUGUCAAAAUAUUGACGGAUAACAAAGCAUGUUUAUAUUCGAAACAAGGAGAAAUAAGCAUCGGGUUUAAGACCGUGAACCCAAAGUGGUGUGGAGUUUUGUCGUAUUUGCUGUUUUACAACGAUCACGAAUCAGUCGAUCCUCUACUUAAAGAUCUACAACUAGAACGCUAUAUCAUGAUGGAACGCCGUAGCUCUAUGUGGAUAUUUCACGCGCGAUGUCCUUGUGUAGGGGUGUACAAAUUAUCAAUUACCUGCGCUCAGAGUGACGCUGCCUUCUUUAGGAUAUGUAACUUCAAACUCAUUUGCAAUGAAGUAAAGGAACGAAUCCAGCCCCUGCCGUGUCAAGUUGGUACGGCAGGCUGGGGUCCAAGUAAGGACACGUCUAAGGCUGGACUCACCUCGCCCUCACAAAGCAAAGGCAUAGUUCAUACUUCCAGAGGACGAGACAUCAACUUCGUCUUCGCGGUUAUCAAAGACAUAGCGGUGCGGACAGAGUUGGUUCAGAAUGGAGCGACGACUAAUGACCUUCACGCAUGCGUAUCGCAUGCUAUAGACGUGAACUCUAAGCUUAAUGUGGCAGUCAAGGUUCCAGCGCCAGGGGAAUAUGCUCUUCGUAUACACACGACAGACACGAAGACUACAGAAGAGACAAAUGCGUGUAAUUACUUGAUUUCCAGCGACCAUCAGUCACAGAAAAAGAAGAAAGCAGAGAACAAACUUGAAAAACAACUAAGAGAGACAAUGAAGAAAGCGACAGAAGGAACCGACUAUGUUGGGCUGACUAAUGCGAUUGAAGCCUUUACUCAACUCGACCUAGAGGAUCGGGGAGACUUAGCCGCAGCCAUCAACAGACAGUUGUGUUUACAGUUGAGGAGAGGCAACUUUAUGCAACCACAAAGGCUUUUGUUGAUAUCGUUUAUAUACACAGAUCUACGGGAUGCGAUGCUUCGUCGUAAUGUUGGAGUCCUGGAUAUAGCAAUACAGAAGGCGAAGUCAUCGGAACAUGAGCAACAACUACGAGCUAAGAUAGAGGAGGCUGAGGAGUUACGUGACCAUCUAGCCAAGCUCCACAAGUUUGCGCACGGCGUCCUGCAGCUGAAACAACCGACUGUGUCGGAACUUCAUCGAUACAAGACUCCGCCUAUCCCGGUCCAUGACGUCAUGUUGGCCACAUACAUUAUGCUAGGAGAACCAAGGGAAAAUAUCAAGAACUGGAAGUCGGUGCAGGGUAUUCUUGGCAAGCUUGGGAAAAGAGGGUUGAUCAAUCGAGUCAGAGAGUUUGACACGGUUCACUUAACGUCAGACAUGAUAGAGGAAGUGGACACACUCAUCAACAGCUACAACGAGGAGAUGGUCUGUUUACGGAGUCCAGCUGCUGCAACGUUCCAUACCUGGUUAACCAAUAUUGUGGACGAUUAUAAAGGGAAUGGCUUGCAGCAGUAGAUGUCUAAUCCGCCAUGGCUUCCACACGUUCUGCCGUUGAUUACAAAUUGAAGAGGAACUAUCUAUUACAUAUUACCAGUGAUGUAUCCAAUCAGUGAAAGUGAUGUAUCCAAUCAGUGAAAUGUUCUUCGUUGUGGUGAUAAAUAACACUACAAAAGCAAAUACAGAACAAAAAUGCCCAACCAGACAGAUCGAAACAAAAGUACACAAAUGACUGCAUACAUGUACAAUUGACCAAUCAGACAGCUCGAAACAAAAGUACACAAUGACUGCAUACAAUUGACCAAUCAGACAGCUCGAAACAAAAGUACACAAAUGACUGCAUACAUGUGCAAUUGACCAAUCAGAUAGCUCGAAACAAGUAAAGUAUUUGUAAUAAACUGAAUAUACAGUACAAUGCCUUCCAGAAGUUCCUAGUCACUUUGCAGAAAAAUACUUUGAAAUUCAGUACAUUUGAUUUAACAAGAGGCCCAUGGGCCUUAACGGUCACCUGAUUUUUGAAAUAUUUCA